CUGAGCCUCUUCUCUCUGACCUGCAGUUCUUUGACCCGGGUGAGGUUCUGUACGCGUACGACAGCCCGGCCGGGUAUGGCCUGAUGGGGCUGCAGCUGCUGGCCUACGUGUGGUUCUGCUACGCCGUGCUCGUCUCGCUGAAGCGCUACCCCGAGAAACAGCCCUUCUACAUCCCAUUCUUCUCCGCCUACACCCUCUGGUUCUUUGCGGUGCCAGUGAUGGCUCUGAUUGCCAACUUUGGGAUCCCUCGCUGGGCCCGGGAGAAGAUUGUCAACGGCAUCCAGCUGGGCAUCCACCUCUACGCCCACAUCGUCUUCCUGGCCAUCACACGGCCCUCAGCGGCCAAUAAGAACUUCCCCUACCACGUGCGGACGUCCCAGAUCGGCAUCCUGCUGCCCAGCCCUAAGGGUGCUGGGGGAGAGACCUUCCCUCACCACGCCUACGGGAACAGCAGCUUCCUGGGCGACUCGCAGCCCAACUUCACCGAGCUCUUCUCCAUAAACGCAGCCCCGAUGAAGACUGUGGAUGAGGCAGGGGUGCGCAAGAGUCAGGAGGUGCCUCGGAACAGCGAGCAGAAGAUCAUCACCACCACGGCCGACCUCAUAUCCAACCUGACCCCCCACCACUCCCGCCCUUUCCCCCGCGCAUCGUGGCCCACUCGCCGCCCAGCCUCCGCCUCUCCUCCCACUUCACCGAGUACUUCAGCAUGCAGGGAGGGCCCGGCCAGGGCUCCAAAGCGUAGUCACAGAGUGAGAGAGCCAAGAGAUCGGGAGGCAGACAGGCAGAGAACAGAGGAAAGAGAUGGAUGGUUGUGUAUCUCAAUAGGUAAGUGA